GGUGAAGACCUAACAGGAGGAUGGUAUGAUGCUGGUGAUUUUGUAAAGUUUGGUUUCCCCAUGGCAUUUUCAACUACAUUGUUAACCUGGGGUUUCAUUGAAUACAAGACUGCAUACUCUGCCGCUGGCGAGCAUGAUCGAAUGUUAGAUUCGAUUAAAUGGCCACUGGAUUAUUUCAUCAAAGCACAUGUUAGCAAGAAUGAACUUUAUGGUCAGGUAAGUUCCAAAAGCAGGAUAUUUAUAUAUCUAAUUGAAAAAAGUAGCUACAAAAAUUGCGGUUGAACAGAAGCUAUUUAACGACAAUUUGAAAUAAAAAUGAAAUUUAAAUUAUAUCUGAAUGGUUUGGUAACGUUUCAAUUACAAUAGUAAAGAAUGGGGGCAAUUCACAAAGUAUAUAGUAAUAAUUUUGUCUGGUUGAUCUCUCAGCUCUCUUAAACGUUUUUUUUAACUACUUCAGUAACAUAUUCAUUAAUAAAACAAUAUUUUAGAAGCUUUGGAAUAAAUUCUUUGUAACAAUUACUAAUUAACUUACUCACAUGACAAAAUCAAAGUGUUCCUUGAAAGGAGUGCUGUUUUUGUUCUUCAUGAGUUUAUCAUUUGUAUUUUUAGGUGGGUGACGGGCAUGCAGAUCAUGCGCAAUGGGGUCGACCAGAAGAGAUGACGAUAGCCAGACCUGCAUUCAAGAUCGAUCAGGCCAGUCCAGGUUCAGAUUUAGCAGGAGAAACCGCAGCAGCUAUGGCAGCUGGAUCCAUAGCUUUCCGAGAAACGAACUCCCAGUACGCUGAUACUCUACUAAGACAUGCUAAAGAACUUUACGAGUUUGCAGCUCAAUAUCGCAGAGCGUACACGGACAGUAUUAAUCAAGCGUCCGACUUUUACAGAUCAAGUCAUUACCAGGAUGAACUUGCCUGGGCAGCAGCAUGGUUAUACAGGGCAACUGAUGAUCCGAACUACCUUCAAAAAGCAGAGCAACAUUUUGCAGAAUGGACUCCAUUUGGCAAUCCCGCGUGGGGAUUUUCUUGGGAUGAGAAAACUGCUGGUGUGCAAAUGUUGAUGUACCAGUUGACAGGCAGCAAUGUCUAUCAGACAUUGAUUCAAAAUUCUUUGCAACAAUGGCUUCCUGGCGGUUCUGUUCAAUACACUCCUAAAGGUUUAGCAUGGCGUAUUCAGUGGGGUGCAAAUCGAUAUUCAGCAAACACAGCAUUCUUAGCGCUGUUGGCAGCAGAUAAAGGUUUAAACAGCGAGGCUUACACAACGUUUGGUAGAAAUCAGAUUCAUUACAUGUUGGGUAAGUACUUUGCCUGUUUUCAAAUUGUUGCAUUUCUUGACAGCGGUUUGUUAUUAUUCAAACCGCAAUUGCUUGUUGCAUAGGCGUACAGGGUGUAACUCUUACGUUGCCAAAUUAGAAAUUCUCGACGAGUUACAGGGGUAGCGAAUGGUACAAUUGAAUUUUCGAACUCAACAGAUGAAAAGGACAAAGCUUUAGUUGACGUCAAACAAUGAAUAGACUGUUGUUGUCACGAAAUGAUUGAAUUAUACUAGCUUGACGAGUUGACGGUAAAUCAAUUGUUAGAUAAUGAAUCACAAACAAUGUAGACGAAGAUAUACGUUUUGUAGUUUUAAUUCACGGUAGUUUCACUCUGUACUUUCACACUGUAGUAUGGUAGUGUUGAGGUGGUGAGGUAUUGGUGUUGUGUUGGUUCGAAUUUGGUUUACACUUGUACCAAUUGUAGCGAUUAUGAUUACGGUAGAAUAUAAAGUCCCUUGAACUUCGAUAGCGAUUUUUACUGUAGCACGGUUCGAUUGAUUUUGACAAUGUUCAUACUAGUCACGAACUGUGUCUAUAGAUAUGUCCUAAAGGCAUUUCCGCAGUGAACAGAUAAGCGCUAUAUAUGCGAAAUAGAGUUCUAUUCAUGCUAGAUAAGGUUCUAUUAUGCUAACUUCGUCUUAGAUAAUAAUUAAAUUGUAAACAAUGACACAAUGAACGUUUCAAACCAACACAGGGUAGGUUAGAAAUUUUUAAAUGUUUUAAAUUUUGAAAUGUUUUAUAUAUUUCUUUUAUACAGAUUUCUCGCUUUUGAAUAAAUCCCCCCCUCUUAUGCUUAUGACUUGUUGAAUUAGUAUGGAGAGAUGCAGUUAAUGAAUAAAUUUAGUUCCAAAAGAACAACCUUUUGACACACUCCCUCCCCGCCUGAUCUGACCGCCCGCACGCUCACUUCGCUCCCUUUGGGAAUUUUAUGUGUAAGUUCUUUGUAAUAGCUUAAAAGCCUCCUCAGUGGAGGAGAGUCAACUCUCAACUUGCGGACACUCCACUAUUACGGACAAAUCCCCGGCCGAAACUACUAUGAAAUAUAUUGAAACAAGGCGCCUGCUCAGGCGUUCACACUGGCCUGAAAAUAACGAGAUACGUGCUAUGGUGCAAAAGGCAGGAAUACAAAACUUAAACCGCAAGCAAAUAAAAGACCUUUUCGGGAGACGUAAUGGUGCAAAUCUAUUACCAGGAGUUACUAUCGCAAGGAAAGUGCUGCCUUUAUGGCGUAUGAACUGAAUGCAAAAAUUUAUACUUCUAGACAAUUCUCGGUUAUAUCCCCAAUGUUUCCUUCUCGUUCAUCAUUUAAGCCCGUUCACAAACUCAUUCUUAAAUUGUGUGCACGGAAUACGAGUAAAUAGCCAACAUGAAAAUGAAGCCAUUGGGUCAAAAGUGGAUAUUAAGGUCUAUUAACCUAUUAGCUGACAAUGCACACUACUUUAGUAUUAACUCUGGCUAACGCCAGACCAAUUUACACUGUAACGCCAGACGAUUUUACUUGUUAGUGGCAGAGUACUGUCAGUAAAUGGGUUAACAAACACAUGUAACAUUGGUCUCUUAGAGUCCUAUUAACCCAUUGACAGGCAAUGCACCCUGCUUUAGUAUUCUUUAGUAACUCUUCAGAAUUUGCUCAGAGUCAAUGUGAGUAAAAUACAUCUUGUAUUCAAGCGCUUUCAUGUACAAAGUUUCGUUUGAAUACGGCACAGUGUAGGAAUAUUUAUUUUGAAUUUUUCAAAAUAUCGGGUUUUUACUCGCACGCACGUUUAUAGCUCGAUUGGCCCGAUUGAUGCACGUGCAAAUCAUGUCGACCAACAGAAUCGAUUUCCGUUUUUUUCUAAACAGCGCGUUGUUUUGAUCGCCGCGCUAAAAAUAUAAAUAUUCUGUAAAUACCGAAAUAAAAGAUGAAAAUCCCAAGACACAAGCUUGAAAAUAACACUAUAAAUAGUGUUUUCGAUUCUGGUUCCAAUAAUAUUAUCACGAAAAAGAUACUGUCCAAAGGGGCCGAAGUUAUGUUCGGCAAAAUGUAUGGCUAGUUUACAUUGUUUGUUAUAUUAUGAAAUAUGACACCAUACUUGUAUUAAAAUUCGCGUCGAACUAAAUGUUAUUGUAUUAGGCAAAUAAGUAGACUUGCCACAAGUAGACCUCGAACGAAAUGCGUUUCUUCGAGGUCGACUUGUGGCAAGUCUAGCAAAUGAGAACCAUACAAUAAUGGUUCUAGUUCUUGUUGGUAUUUUGAACGCACGCCUUAUCUUUAGUAUAGCUACCACAAAGCUUUUCGCGCGGAUUAUAUUUUGCGCAGUACUAAAAUUUCCGCACCCAGCGGCCAGCGCUACGCGAAUUCUCUUAAUUCUAGUACUGCGCGGAUUUGAAUACAUGUAUUAAAAGGUAUAUUGUCGACAUUUGACUAAAACUAUCGUAAGGAAUUAGGAGAGUUUGUCCGUGUUUAUAUUCCAAUAUAUUGUAUAAAUUCGCUGGGUACAAAUUUAUGAAAUUUUGGGGUUAAUUCAACAGGCAAGAAAGUCCAGAGUGCGACCCAAAAAUUAACACAAGUACACAACGGAUGUUAUGAGUCCACGACGUAUAUUUAUAGUUGUUUAUUAAAAAGUCAAACUGUCAAACCUUUAACUUGUCUUUGUUUAAAUAUCCUUCUAUAUAUUGUAUGCAUUCGCUGGGUCCAAAUUUUGUGGUUUUCGAGUCGUUACACAAAGAGUCCAGAGUACGACACAACGUAAAAUUUAAAUCAUGGAACCGAGGGAAUCGAUGGCAUUUUGGCUUAAUCGUUGCACCCUGAGCCUAGCAAACUCCAUUUCUCGAGUACGAAAAAAACAGAAAAAGAGGGAUUUAAAACACUUGUAAUAACUCUCUCUAUUACGGACUCUGGUUCCAAACUAGCCUCCUCUGCAGGAAUCUCCAGGAGGCUCUAGACUGCGAAUGGGUGUUCGGAACUCGAUUCCCCGGGUGAGAUCACUGGGUCGAUCGUUGCCGAAGUAAAAUGUUUUUUGAAUACAAAUUUUUGACUUGCAUUUUGACUUGUAUUGUGUACUAAGUAUCACAGUAAACGUAAACUAGAAAUUGAAAGAAACUGGGCUAUUAAAAAGAGCAGUAAGUAUAGGUUAUUUUGAGGCAACGAGGGGAUAUGUGAUUUAUUCACCGAGGCGCGCAGCGCCGAGGUGAAUAAACACAUAUCCCCGAGGUGCCUCAAAAUAACGUACUUAUUUUUCACACUGCGAGGUCGCGUUAAUGAGUCAGAAAAGAAAUAAUUCUCAAUGCCAUAUUGCUUUUGCGAUGUUGUUUUUUCUCAUUUUUUGUGCUGCAAAGACAUUGCAGGUGAAUAUUAGAGGGGAUUAUUAAUUGCAGGUGAAUAUUAGAGGGGAUUAUUAAACGGAAAUUGAAUAGAGUGGAAUAUUGAAUAUAUUCCCCGAUAAGAACAAAGGAAACCGAGCAGGGUGAAAAAUAAUACAUUUUAGUGACAUUUUACAACCUGAAAUCGGGUUAUUUUUAUCGCACCCCGCUAUUACGCCGAUACCAAACGACGGUAUCCAGGGUGUUCGCUGUAACGAGAGUUGACUGUAAUGCUUUAUUUCCGAAGCAUCACAAAACAAAUUCAGAUAUAACAAGACAGUGGCGGACACUUGGGGAGGGAGGACGUAUCGAAAAAGGUAUCCAAUUAAACAAAAUUUUCCUGAAAUUAUAGGUGACGCCGGUCGUAGUUACGUGGUUGGUUUUGGUGAAAACCCACCUCAACGUCCUCACCACAGAUCAAGCUCGUGCCCUAACCUACCUGCAUCUUGUGAUUGGAGUGAUUACAACAACCCGGGACCCAACCCACAAAUAUUGAAUGGUGCUUUGGUUGGUGGACCUGACCAGAAUGACAACUAUCAGGAUAAACGGGAUGAUUUCAUUAUGAAUGAAGUGGCUUGUGAUUAUAAUGCUGGUUUCCAAUCUGCCGUCGCUGCACUCAAAGCCCGGGAGGAGUGUGAAAAGAAAUGAUAAGAAAGAUUUUUUCAAUUAGUUCACGAUAUGAUUUUCUAAAGAACUUUACUGUUUGCAACGUAAAGUAAUGCGUUUAUAUAUUUGUCAAACAAUAAACUUAUACAGCACUGUAACUUGUUAUUACAUUUUUAAAAUAUAUAAUCAGUGGGGGUUAAAUCUCAACGCAUGUAUCAGCAAAAAGUCUUACACUUUACAAUUGUCUGCACGCUAACGAUUUGCAGAAGAUUUGCCUGUGAAUUAUAUGCGAUAUCUACAUAUGAAAAACGAAUUAAAUUUCUUCAAAAUGUUUUGUAAAUUAGACAACAAGUAUACUGUUUCCACAAAGAUAAAGGUUUGGCUGGAGAAGACAAGACGUGUAUUUCCUCUCGUUACUAUUUACCGUAAAUGAUCUAAUAAAUGACCACUCUACAAUAAACGCCCCGGUUUAACCCAGAAUUCGUAAGAGACGCCUCUCUCUAUUAAACACUCCUUUGUAGGAAGGGCGCGUUUCUUAGAUUGAAAUUAAACAUUUAUUGCAGUAAACGCUUGUUAAAUUGUAAGUGUUGCAACCAGGGCUGCCGAGAGGUUGCGCGGGGCCCGGGGCAAAACGUUCCAAGGGCCCCCCCUAUGACGUCAUAAUUGUAAAA